AUGCUAGCUGCACGCCUCGCCUCCUCUCCCUCUGCGCCCAUCUCUGCUUCACGCCGUCUAGCCUCCUUUGUUCGCCAUAUGUCUUCUCACGAAGUUGUUAUUGUCUCUGCCUCGCGCACCCCUGUCGGCUCCUUCAAUGGCAACCUGAAGGCCCUGACUGCCCCUCAGCUCGGUGUCACCGCCCUCAAGCACGCAAUCGAGAAGUCGAAGGUCAACCCCGAACUCAUUGAGGAGAUUUACUACGGCAAUGUCGUACAGGCUGGUGUUGGCCAGUCGCCCGCCCGGCAGGUCGCACUCGGUGCAGGCUUGAGCCCGAAGUCAGACGCGACGACCGUCAACAAGGUCUGCGCGAGCGGCAUGAAGGCAGUCAUGCUCGCGGCGCAGACUAUCCAGACGGGCUACAAGAGUGUCGUCGCUGCAGGUGGUAUGGAGAGCAUGAGCAACGCACCAUUCCUCCUUCCCCGCCAGAACCCUGUAUUUGGCAAGUUCGAGACCAAGGAUGCUCUGCAGACGGAUGGUCUCUGGGACGUCUACAACGACUUUGCGAUGGGCAACUGCGGCGAGGUGGCAGCGGAGAAGCACCAGAUCUCCCGCGAGUCGCAGGACGCGCAUGCUAUCGAGUCCUUCCGCCGCGCCGAGCGUGCAUGGAAGGCGGGCGCGUUUGACGCGGAGAUUGCACCCGUGACGAUCAAGGGCAAGAAGGGCGACACCAUCGUCGCGGAGGACGAGCAGUACAAGCGGGUCAUUUACGAAAAGAUCCCGACGCUCAACCCGGCGUUCAAGAAGGGUGGAAGCAUUACGCCCGCCAACUCAUCACCACUGAAUGACGGCGCGUCUGCUCUGAUUCUCAUGUCUGCGGAGAAGGCGAAGGAGCUUGGUAUCCAGCCUCUGGCGAAGAUCAUCUCCUACGCGGAUGCUGGUCUCGAUCCUAUUGACUUCCCCAUUGCUCCCACCGUCGCGCUCCCGAAGGCGCUUGAGCGGGCAAACCUCAAGCUCGAGGACAUCUCGCUCUUCGAGAUCAACGAGGCAUUCUCCGUCGUUGUCCGGAUAGCCGAGAAGGUGCUCGGUAUCGACCCCGCAAAGAUCAACGUCAACGGUGGUGCGGUCGCGCUUGGUCACGCCAUCGGUAACUCUGGGUCGCGUAUUAUCGUCUCCCUUGUUCACGCGCUGAAGUCGGGCGAGUACGGCGCGGCGGGUGUCUGCAAUGGCGGUGGUGCUGCGUCUGCGAUUGUCAUUCAGAAGCUGUAG